AUGCCCAAAAAACGUGGAAAUAAAGUUAAAGUAAAUUAUGCAAGUGCAGGUAUUGAGCUGUAUAUAACAGGAGCUAGGGAAUUUUUCUUACCAAAUAAUAACUCUCACAACUGGGAUAAAUCGGUCAAUUGCAUAUGUGUAGCCUGGCUACCAUAUGAAGAUCCUUUAGAAAUAUUCAGCUUUCAACAAGGUAUUAGAUGGGAUCCAGUACUAGGGAGACGCUGUACAGGUGUAGCUAUUGCCAGAUCUUGUACAACAGAAGGGAAAAUAAGUGCGCUUGAAUGUGAUUUUACUACAUCUAUUCAUAUUUUAAAUGUUGGGGACGUAAAGUAUGUAGCAAAUACUCCAGUUUCAACUGAUGAUAAUAAUAAGUAUGAAACCCCUAGUGUUAAUGAUGCAAUUGAAUUAAGGGUAAAAUUCCCUCAUGACCUGUUCAGUGUGACUUCUCAAUCAUCUAAUUUUGAACAAGACAAUGAAGAAUCAAUGAAAAUACCUGAAUAUUUUGAUGAGCCACUUCCAAUAUUCAUAUCUUUGGGGUAUAUUUCAUCAGUAAGCGGAGAUUGUGUAUUUCGUUCUGCAACUAAAUGGAGAUGUCCAUUGAAUGCAAUUGGUGAAGAACCCUAUAAUUUAAUUAGUGGUUCACCAAUAUCUUGGAUUGGAUCGGCUAUUUUAUUUAAGAAAGAUUGGCUUAAAACUAGUACGUUGAGACGUACAUUUCCAUUUGUACUUUACCCUCAUCAGAAACUCAUGGAUAUCGUAUACAAACACCGUAGUAAAAUUCUUCAUCCUUACCUUACCCAAAGAGAUACUAAUGAACAAUAUAACUAUCAGCUUCAGAGUUUACAGGCCAUUAUUGAAUCUUCAAUAACAAAAUGGAGAAAUGAAGAUAAAGAGGGAGUUGGGAAAAUUCUACUUAAAUCAAAAACAUUCGUCUCAUAUCCUCUAAAUUGUACAGGAGCAUUGAGACCUUUAGUCGAAAAUUUUAAUAGGAAAGAUCUAGAAAAUUCUUUUUUUUUGGCCAGUUUAACAUGUAUUGAUAUUUUGUCUAUUUAUGAUAUCCCGAGUUGGAGUGAUAUGCAGGUAUGGGAUUUUUAUCAUUCUAAAAUCCAUGUAUGUGCAAUAUGGAAGCAUGAAAGAGAUAUAUUACUUAAUAGUUCAAAUCCUUUUGAUUUAUUUCCAUAUCGUUUUGUUGAAAUAAAUGGACCACCAUCUAAUCAAUCAUUUUCCAGUGAUGAAACAGUAAGAAGCAGUGAUGUGAGGUUUACAUGUUACUUUUCUGGCCGUAUAUUUAUGACUCCAAUUCCUGGAAGUGAACCUGAUUUAUAUUUGUUUAUGUUGAUUAAUAGAAGACCAUUUGCAACUUUAUCUGAGCCCAUUAAAUUAUCAAGGCAAGAUAAUUGUAGAUUUGGAAAGGAACAACACUGUAAGUUAAAAAGAAUAUCUUUUGAAAACUUGAACAAUGACUCAGAUAAAGAUUCCAUUUCAAGAGAUAAUGAAUUAAAUAAUAAAUGUGCUGGCAGUUUAGUUUGUAAAUUAUACUCUUGGCCUCAUAAUAGCAAAUAUUUAGAUAAAAAACAAUAUGCAUAUUUGAAUUUAAGACCUCAAAAAGGCAUAGUUUAUAAUUUAUUAUAUGAUUAUAAAACUAAUAUGCCAGAUUUAUAUUCUGCUCCGACUUUAGGACCAUAUGGAGUAUGGACUGGUUUUAUUCCUAAUCAAGAUAAAUCAUUGGGGAAACAAGAAGAUAAUGAGAAGGGAUUAUUUGGAGAAGCUGUAUACAAGGUUAAGGUUGAAGAAGAAUAUUCUAAUUUGAAAAAUGAUAUUGACUCUACUACUUUAGAAAUAGAAUCCCAAGUUGAUUACAGCUCAGAUGAUCUAUCAAGUAAAAUAUCAGAUAUUAUUGAAUAUGAUGACAAUGAUGAGAUUUAUAGUAAUAAGCCUUUUGUUUCAUACAUGUGCACAGCUACAGGUAAUGGAAUUGAAAUGGGUAUAGCAGGUGAGUGGUUACAAUUUAUAGUUCAAUGUCGUGAUGAAAAAGGAGAUAAAGUACUAAAAGGAAAUGGGAAAUUAUUUUUACGUUUAAAGUCAAUUGGAUUCUUGAGCUAUUCAUUUACAGCGGAACCUCUGGGUUUUAAAUCUCACAAUAGGUCCGAAAUAAAAAGAACUAAAGCUUUAGUAAGCGUAGAAGGGUCUAGUAUUUGCCACUUUAAUCUAGACGAAUUAGAUAUUCCAAUAGAAUGGAAUGCAACUGAAUCUUAUUUUGGUAUUUAUAACUGCCGUUAUAGAUGUGAAAAAUCAGGGAGAUAUUUAUUAGAAGUGUUAUUGGAUGGUUUGGAAAUUGCUGGUUCUCCAUUCAGUAUUAUAAUUACUCCUUCAAAUCCUAUUGCAAAAGCUUGUUCAACAAUAGGAGAAGGUACUAUAACAUGCCGAGCUUGUCCUAGUAUUGAUUAUAUAACAAAUAUUAAUAGAUUAAAAGAAAGUAAUGGAGUAAUUCCUAAAUAUAUCAAUUCAUUUAUUGUUGUUUUGCGCGAUGAGUAUGGUAAUAGAAUAAACUCUGGAGGUUACAACGUAAGGGCAAGAUGUAAUUCUCCAAUGGGAAUUAUUCAUGCAAUAUAUGACAAUUGGGAUGGUUCGUAUACUAUAUAUUAUACAGUUCAUGUAGAUAAGAGCAUUCAAGAUCUAGAUCUAAAAGUUAUUUCAACAAUAGAGAAAAGUAAUAAUUCCUAUAUUAGUACUAGAGGAGAAGGAUUAACAUCUACAAUGCGUGCAAUAAAACAAGCUAUUGGAGAUAAUCAAGUAGUUAAAAAUGAUCGAAUUAACUUUAAUGGAAACGACAUUAAUUGGUCUAAACUUGGUUUUUUAGGAAAUGAUUUGCAGCAUAUAUCAGAGAAAUUUAGUGAAAGUACAAAUUUUGGGAGCUAUGAAACAGAUUUUGUAUCAGUUCCUUCAAUUUCAUUACUAUCUGAUUUUGAAAUAUAUGUAUAUUUAGAUGAUACUACAAUAUACGGGGUACCUUUUACUCCCAGCUUAACUAAUUUACUAGAAUUGAGAGAAUGGUAUGACAUGGUAGAUUCUGUAUCUAAAGAUAGUACUGAGAAGAAAAUUGAAAAGUUAUUAGAGCUUAAUGAAUUUGAUAAAGCUAUCGAACUUAUGCAUAAUUUAGAAAAAAAAUAUCUACAUAAUAUUAAGGAGAUUAUACAGGAAAUUGAACGUGAACCUAAUGAACAUGAACGUUUAAUGGAUAAAGUAGUUAGCCAACAAAAUGAAUGGGCAAAAUUACAAAAUCACAAGGUUCAAUUAGAGAUGAUUGUGAAAGACAAUAGUGAUCGAGAAAGACUUUUAAUUACAUUUGCAAAAUAUCUUUUGAAGCGUUUGGAAGCUCAGAUGAUAAAACGGCAGCAAGUAGAUUCAGACAUGUUUGCUUAUAGAGUACUUAAAGGAAAUAAUUUAGAACCUUUAUGUAGAAAUUUGGAGAUUGAAUAUAAUAAAUUUCAGCAGCAAAGAACUCGUGAAUUAUUACGUUUAGUUACUCUAUUAGAAAGUAGUAAAAUAAAUUCCUUAGAGGAAUUAAUGGAACUUUAUCAACUUAUAGCAGAUGAGUUGAGAUCAUUAGGACGUGGUAAUCUAGCAACUCAAUUUGAUUUAGUAAAUUCUUGCCUUAUAGAAGAACAACAAUUGAAAACCAUUCGUUCUUCUUUGCAGCAUAAAAGUAAUUUGCUACAUAGUAUGGAAAAUAUUAUUACUGAGCGUGAAAAGGCACUGAAAGAUAUUUCAAAAAAUUUCACUAGCACAUUAGAGCUUGAGAAACAUGAUCGUAAUUCAAAAAAUUAUAUAGAAGAAAAUAAAAUUUUUAUGGAUACAGUAAAUAUUAAACCUGGUAAAUCAAUUCAAACAGAUGAUACUUUAUCACUUACUGAUACUAUUAUCGGACCAUUAAUUGAAGAAAGAUCACUACUAAAGAGAAAUAUAAAUCAAAAAAAUAAUAAAGUUUUGAAUAGUUUUUCAUUAAAAUCAGAACAUAGAAAUUUAGGAAAACAGUCAGAUUAUGUAGAAAAUAUUAUAAAGCAUUACUGGAAACCUUUAAUGGAAUGGGAUUUAAAAUGUUUUGUAAAAAUUCUUAAACAAUGUCCAAGAAUAGCUAUUUGCUUGCGUGAAUUAUUUUGUUAUUUUGCAAACACAAUGUGGUUAAAUAAAAAUACCCCUAGUCAUAGUAUGUCUAAUAUAGAAAACCCUGAUAAAGUAUAUAUGGGAGAUAACAAUAGUAUAACAAAUGUUAAUGUUGGUGCGCAAGGAAUGAACAAUAGUAGUUUCGGGAUAAGAUCUAGGGGAAUGGGAGGUAUAGAGAUGAACCUAUUAGAUAAUAAUUAUUCUAAAUCUAAUUAUAAGUGGAAUGUUGAAAUACCAAUUGUAAAUUCAAAUGAUCCAAAGAAAUUUAAAUAUAGAAAGGUAAUUGGAGUAACUAGACAUGGGUUUAGACGGUUAGUAUACUCAUUAGAUAUAUGUAAAGAAUUCUUGGAAUCAGAAAAAAUAUUACGUAAGUUAUUUGAGAAAUAUAGUUGUGAAAGGCCUACUUCAAAUAUCUAUUCUAGUAAACAGAGAGUUAGAGUAAUACCACAAGAGUUAUGGAUUCCAUUAUUAAGAGAAUUAGCUUAUAUUAAUGCACUAAUUAGGUAUGAUAUUUUAAGAAAAAAAACACUAGGUGAUGAUGCAGUCUUACGCUUAACUAAAGUUAUAGAUGAUGAGACUGGUAAAAUUGAUUAUAAUGUAUGGGAAAAUACCCCAGGAUCACCGAUAACAGGAAAAAGUACAUCGAAAGUAAUAACAUCGAAAUUUAUGAACCUUUCACUAGGAAGUUCUGUAUCUAAUUUAAAUUUGGGGAUGGGGAUGCCAAAAAAAGUAGCUAAUAAAAAUACAAGUGGACUAGCAGUUACACAGGAUAAUAUCCGUGAUUUAAAUAGAGUAACUGCAUUUAGACACUUUUGUGAAUUACAUUUGAUACCUUUAUAUAGAAAUAUAUUUGGAGAACAUGAUUUUACUAUAUUAACAAUGUUGCCUCCUAUUAAUAACUAUUUAAGGUCUGAAAUUUCUUUAAAGAAUAGUUCAAAUAAUAAUACAGAUAAUAAACCUCAAAAUGUGGGAAAAGGGUUAUCCGCUGCACAACAAUUAUAUGACAGAUAUGAGUGUACAAUAGAAAAUUGUCUUAAGAUAGUUACCUCUCAAUUAAAAGUAGCUGAUAUUAUAGAUAUAUUCUUAGAUAUUGCAAUGAAAAGUAUGAGAACUCAUGAAUUUGAUAUAACGAGAGAUAUGGUGCAAAUGAUGAGAAAUAAAGAUAAAAAGUGCGAUGAUAUACUUAUAAAUUAUGGAGUAACACUACAUGAUUAUAUUAAACCUUUACACUUAUACCAAUAUUUAUGUAAUAUUGGUUUUAUACCAGGACAUAUUACUGGAUCUGAUCUAUUUAAUAUUAUUGAUAAUAUUUUGGAUAAAAAAGAGAGUUUUACUCCAGUUCCUUUACCAUCAACUUAUUGUGUAUCGAAAUAUUUGUCUUUAUUGGGUUUUAUUGAGGCAUUUUCAGUAUGUAUAUCAAAAGGUAUUGUUGACAAAUUGGCAGGUUCUAAAUGGAGUGAGCAUGACAUUAAAACAGAAGUCAUAGAACACCUUAUACUUUAUAAAUUACAAGAGUAA